CAGGGGACACGCCACCAUUGUUUCUCACUCCCGCAAUUACAGGGGGCCUCUCAUCUUUCGCUUUCUUUACCCCCGGCCUGUCAGCACCGCCACCUGUUCCCUCUGCAGAUUUUCCCCACUCUCUCUCUUUAUACUAACCAACUGCUUUACAGCUCCUUCGUUUUCAUCCAUCCUAAACAUUUAUGUAUGCAUCAUAUACGAUUUAAUUAUACACACACCACCACCACCUUCUUUUGGAAGUUUUCAACAGCUGAUUUUUGAUGAAAAAAGCUACUCUUUCAGUCGUACUCCUCUACACUCACCAUUUCUCUGAAAAAGCUCUACUUUUUUCAGACUGAGAGAGAGAGAGAGAGAGAGAAGUUUUUACCAGUGGGUGGGGGUUUAUAACUUAUAGCUUCUUUUUGUGUUCAUAAUGUUGAUGAAAUAGUGUUUCUGAUUGGUCGAAUUAGGAGGUUUGAUUUUGUGUUUGGAUUCUGUGAUGAUGUGUGGCUUAAUUGAUCUGAACACCAUUAACGACGAUACUGACGAGGUUGCGGGGUCGUUGGUUCUCGAUUCUCCAUCGUCUUCGGAUUCGUAUGCAUCUCCGGCGUCGGAGUUGUCUCUGUUGUCGUCUUCUCCGGUGCUCUGUAGUUUGGAGUUGUGGCACGCGUGUGCUGGACCUUUAAUUUCGUUGCCGAAGAAAGGAAACGCCGUCGUUUACUUCCCACAAGGUCACCUAGAACAACUACGCAUCUAUGAUUCUCCGGCCAUCUCCGGUGUCCAUCUCCCUCCCCACGUUUUUUGCCGUGUCACCGACGUUAAGCUUCACGCCGAAUUAGGAUCCGACGAUGUGUAUGCUCAAGUUUCACUGAUUCCCGAUGUUCAGCUGGAGAAGAAAUGGGGUGAAACAGAGGUUGAAGAAGACGACAACGGAGGUCUCGAUGAAAAACCAUCAACACCCCACAUGUUCUGCAAAACCCUCACUGCUUCCGAUACCAGCACCCAUGGCGGAUUCUCUGUCCCACGUCGGGCUGCAGAAGAUUGCUUCCCUCCUCUGGAUUAUAAACAGCAAAGACCUUCACAAGAACUUGUAGCUAAAGAUCUCCAUGGAACGGAAUGGAAGUUCCGCCAUAUCUAUCGAGGCCAACCACGGCGGCAUCUGCUAACCACCGGUUGGAGUGCUUUUGUGAACAAGAAGAAGCUUGUAUGUGGAGACGCUGUUCUUUUUCUCAGGGGUGAUGAUGGGGUACUCAGGUUGGGUAUCCGGCGAUCAGCACAAGUAAAAACCGCACCUUGUUUUCCGGCGACCUACCGCCACCAGUUAAACGAUUUCACCACCGUCGUCAACUCCAUUUCACAGAGAACUGUCUUCAAUGUCUCCUACAACCCAACCGCUUCUUUCACGGGUGGCGUAUCAGAAUUCAUUCUACCAUAUCAUCGGUUUCUGAAGAGUCUUCUUCCCAACAAAUUCUCACCUGGAAUGAGGUUUAAUCUUCGUUUUGAAACAGAAGAUGCAGGAGAGAGAAAAAGUACAGGGAUGAUAACUGGGAUUAGCGAUGUGGACCCUGUCAAGUGGCCUGGAUCGAAAUGGAAGUGUCUGAUGGUGAGGUGGGAUGGUGUGGAAGCUACAACAAGGCAAAACCGAGUUUCUCCAUGGGAGAUUGAGCGGAGUAACUUGGUUUCCGGAGCCGAUAGCAAUUUGUCACCCAUGGCCAAAAGGAUAAAGACUAGUUUUCCGCCCAUUUUUCACGUGCCCAAAGUGCGGAUCAAAACUUCCAGACACCCAAAAAAAACCCGGGUGAUAGACAAAGAAAAGAUGGCAGAAGAUGAAAGCAGAACGCUUGAAGUAAUACCAACAUGGGCAGUGGCUACUGUCACUUUCAGUUUAAUCGCAGCUUCAAUUCUCAUCGAGCAUGUUCUCCAUCUAUUAGCAAAGUACUUCAACAAGAAACGAAGGAAACCUUUGAUCAAAGCACUUGACCGGAUUAAAUCAGAGAUGAUGAGAUUAGGGUUCUUAUCGUUGUUGCUGAUUGUGUGUGAGGAGUCUGUCGCUAAUAUCUGUAUCCCAAAACGUGCUGGAAAAAACUUUCUACCUUGUCAAGAUCAUGAAUUUGAUGCCGAAGAGGCAGCCAAAUGUGCAGAUCAGGGGAAGAUAUCUUUGAUUUCAAGAAAUGGAGUGCAACAACUUCAGUUCUUAAUAUCGAUUCUGGCAAUCUCCCAUGUCAUUUCUAGCAUCCUAACAUUCAGUCUUGGUAUGCUUAAGAUGAGAAAUUGGGAGGCUUGGGAGGAAAUAACAAGAACAUUGGAGUACAAAUAUUCAAACGAUCCACGAAGGUUCCGAUUUGUUCAUCAAACAUCAUUUGGAAAGCGACAUCUAAGGUUUUGGAGUGGACUCAGGUUGUUUCGUUUGCCGGCUAGUUUUCUUCGACAGUUCUAUGGAUCUGUCUCUAAAGUGGAUUAUUUCAUCCUUCGACAUGGAUUCAUUAUGGCUCAUUUUGAUGAAGAAACCACUUUUGAUUUCCAGAAGUACUUGCGAAAAGCAUUAGAAAAAGAUUUCGGCGUAGUUGUUGGAGUAAGCCCUUGGAUUUGGGUUUUCUCAAUGCUGUUCAUUUUCUUGAGUGCUGAUGAAUUUAAAUACUCUUAUUGGCUUCCUUUGAUGCCUUUAGUGGUAUUGUUGGUGGUUGGGACAAAACUACAAGGCAUUGUAACAAAGUUGUGCUUGGAUAGAAAUGAUAAAUCCCUUGUUGUUAAAGGAACUUUAGUGAUUAAGCCCAGUAAUAACUUCUUCUGGUUUAAAACUCCAAAACUACUUCUCCAUCUUAUUCACUUCACUUUAGUUCAGAAUUCUUUUCAAUUGGCAUUCUUUGUUUGGACUUGGCAUAAAUUUGGACUGAAGUCAUGCUUCCAUCGAGAAACUUCGGGAAUUGUCAUACAUAUUGGUAGUGGGGUUGUGGUUCAGUUGCUUUGUGGGUAUGUAACGUUGCCACUUUAUGCAUUGGUUACUCAGAUGGGAACGUCAAUGAGGAAAGCUCAUGUUUUCCCACCGGAAGUGAUACGAGGACUCCAAAGAUGGCAAAAGAAAGCAAAGGCAAACAUAGCUCAAAGAGACAAGACUACACUCAAGUCUUCAACUACCAUUGGUGGUUCCUUAUCACUGGGGUUCUAUGGAGAAUUUGAUGAAAUCACAGUAGUGGAUGAAGAUGAUGAGGAUGUUUCCAUGGAGAUCCAACCUGAUAGUUUUCAUUUUAGCCAUCGUUCACAAUGAGUUUAGAAAUAUGUACAAAAAAUUAGAUCAUCAUUCUAUUAAUAGUUUUGAAACA